AUGGCGUUUCAUCUCGCCUCGUCUUCCGCAUUGUCUGCUGCUCCGUCCUACGGCUUCUCCGUGACCGAGAAGCUCGAGAGGAACAACUACGGCAUCUGGAGACUUCAAGUCACGUCUGCGCUGAAGGGAGCUCAGAUGAUGUCCUUCCUCGACUCCACCAACGAACCACCAACGCCAUUCCUGCCCAAGAAGAAUAAAGACGACGAAGAUGAAGAGCAGAAGCCCAAUCCUGACUACGAGUCAUGGGUUGCCAAGGACCAGAUGGUUCUUAGUUUCAUCCUGACCUCUCUGGGCAAGGAGAUCAGUGGGCAAAUGCCCAUCACGGUGGUCACGGCCGCCGAGGCUUGGGAAGUCAUCAAGGGGAUGUUUGCAUCCCAGUCUCGUGCUCGCGUUAUGAGCACAAGGAUGGCCCUGUCAACUGCAACUAAGGGUGCAUCCACCAUAAGUGAGUAUUUCGUUAAAAUGAAAAGGUUAGCCGAUGAGAUGGCUGCUGCAGGUCGGAAGCUGGAGGAUGAGGAAUUGGUCUCCUAUAUCCUCACCGGCCUUGAUCAAGACUACGACUCAGUGGUGUCCGCGGUGGCGGCACGCGUCGAACUGAUCUCAGUUGGGGAACUGUUUGCCCAAUUGACAUCGUUCGAGUCCAGAAUGGAGAUGAAGAAUGGCGGGCGGUACCAGUCGUCUGCCAAUCUUGCAGCUAAGGGUGGCCGCUACAACAACAACAACACCGGACUUCGCGGCGGAGGCCGAGGCAACGACCGCAACAUGUCCGGGCGCGGCAGAGGAGGUCGCAAUGGUGGUCGUCCUGGUGGUGGCUUCCAAGCUGGCGUGUUCUGCCAGCUUUGCGGCAAGGAAGGCCACACCGUCAUCAAGUGUUUCAAGCGCUUCGACACCUCCUUCAGCGGACCACCACACAAAUCGGCGUCGUCUGCCAUCACCUCAUACGGAGUCGACUCCAACUGGUACCUGGACUCAGGUGCUACCGACCACAUCACAUCAGAACUUGAGAAGCUGACGACCAGGGAAAGGUACAACGGUGGCGAUCAGGUGCACGCCGCAAAUGGGAAUGGUAUGAACAUUACUCACAUUGGCCAUACUACUCUACGUACCCCAUCUAGUCAAGUCCACCUCAAAAAUAUUCUGUGUACCUACUGCUCAUAA